AUGGAGGUACAAUGCGUGGCUGCCGCUCCUACCCCAGUAAUUGAGGAUGUUGGUGUACUUGCCGAACAAUGGUCAACCGAGGAGCUAAUACGUUUCUCCAUUCCUGGGGAAGAGGGAAGAUAUUUUUUGAUCGGGAAUUCAUUAAGCAUGGCCGAACGUGAGGAGAUGUACCAAUUCUUGAUGAGAAACAUAGAGGUCUUUGCUUGGACUCCACAAGACAUGCCGGGCGUGGAUCCUUCGUUCGCCAUGCACUCAUUGAAUGUAGAUCCGAAUAGGCGACCGGUUGUGCAAAAAGUCCGACGCUCGUCAGCCACACAUACCGAAGCUGUGAUUGCAGAGGUGAAUCAACUAUUGGAAGCUGGCGUCAUUCGGGAAGUGCUAUAUCCCACCUGGCUUGCCAACCCGGUGGUUGUCCCGAAGAAAAAUGGGAAGAUACGGGUUUGUGUCGAUUACACGAACCUCAAUGAUGCCUGCCCUAUGGAUCGAUUUCCACUUCCUCGGAUUGAGCAGAUGGUAGAUGCAACGGCAGGAUGUGAACGCUUGAGCUUCAUGGAUGCGUAUCGGGGCUAUCAUCAAAUAGCUUUGGAUCCGGAAGAUCAGGAAAAGACGGCCUUCAUCUCGCCUCGGGGAACUUUCUGCUACAAGGUUGUCCCGUUCGGCCUAAAGAAUGCAGGCGCCACCUUCCAGCGCUCCAUCACGAAGAUGUUUCCUAGCAUGCUCGGCGUUAAAGUAGAAGCUUAUAUUGACGAUUUGGUUUGCAGAAGCUUAUUCGCUCGGGAUCACCUUCGGGAUCUGGGAGAGGUCUUUGCUGUUCUAAAACAUAGGAAGCUACGUCUCAACGCCAAGAAGUGUGCAUUCGGUGUUAGCUCGGGGAAAUUCCUAGGGUAUAUGGUGAGUCGCCGAGGAAUCGAAGCUGACCCUACCCAAAUUUUGGCUGUGCAGAGGCUCCGAGCUCCGACGACUAUUAAAGAGGUACAGCGGCUCACGGGGAUGGUUGCUGCCUUGAACCGUUUCAUUCGACGUUCGAGCGAUCUCUGCCGAUCGUUCUUCCGCGCAAUCACGACGAGCCGACGCAGAUUUGUAUGGACAGAGGAGUGUGAGCAGGCUUUGCAAUCUUUAAAGCAAUACCUAUCUCACGCUCCUUUGCUCGUCAAGCCCCUACCUGACGAAGACCUGUAUCUGUACCUUGUUGUUUCUGAUCACGCUACGAGCGCGGUUCUUGUUCGGAAAGAGGGAUUGGAGCAUCAACCGAUCUUCUACUCCAGCAAAACGAUGAUGGACUCUCAGACAAGGAUUGUGGUCCUCACUGAGUUUCCACUCAGAGCUGUCCUUCGGAAGACAGACACGUCGAGUCGGAUCCUGAAGUUCUCCCAAGACUUGGCCAAUUUCGACAUCCAAUUCGAACCACGGACGGCCAUCAAGGGUCAGGCCUUGGCAGAUUUCUUUGCCGAGCUCACCCUCGGCUUGCAAGACGAAGCCAAUGCUCUGGCCACUGGCGUUGAAGAAGCUCGAAAACGAGAGGAAGAGGUUCUUGAAGGCCCUUCCAACUGUCCUUCGGAGCCCCUUCGUGCUCGGGCUGGGGCAGGUAUCGUCCUGGUGUCUCCGAGUGGGACGGUGCACGAAAGCGUCGUCUCGAUUGGAUACCCGGCGACGAACAACGAAGCAGAAUACGAAGCCCUGAUUGCAGGCCUCCAACUUGCUCUUCGGCUUAACGCAGAUUCGGUGCAUGUCUUUUGUGAUUCACAGCUGAUUGUGGGUCACUUAAACGAAGAUUAUCAAGCCAAAGACCAGCGUAUGAAUGCCUACGUCUGCCACGUACUAGCUUUGUUCGGCGGGUUUGGCCGAGUAGAAGUGGAAUGGAUCGCUCGGGAGCACAAUGCACACGCUGACGCCCUUGCAGGUCUUGUUUCAGUUUACAAGACCUCGGGCGGUCGCACUAUUACUUUCGAUGAAGUGGCAACACCGAGCUUUGAGCGGCCGUGCGAACAGGUGAUGGCCAUCUCCCUUGGUUUAAGUCAGCUGGACCCAGUGAUCGCUUAUUUAAAGAACCAAGUGGUACCAACGAACAAGCGAGAAGCUUACAAGCUCCGUUGCCGAGCGGCUAACUUCUUCCUUGGUCCGAACGAUGACCUUUACCGACGAACAUUCACCGGACCAGAUCUACGUGUCGUCCACGACGACCUUGUACAAGCUGUUCUGGAGGAACUCCAUUCGGGAAGUUGUGGUGCGCACUUAGGCGGACGAUCCCUUGCACACCGAGCGUUAACACAUGGCUACUGGUGGCCGAAGAUGGUGAAGCAGUCCGAGGACUACGUCAAGCAGUAUAACAAUGCUCUUGUGGGUGCCGAGUUAGAUUUAGCCGAAGAACUACGCGACAAUGCUAACCUUAGGCACGCCGCGUACCAGCAAGAAGUUGCAAGGGGCUACAACCGCAAUGUUCGUGCUUGA